ACUACAGAUCUGACUGAUACAACAACGCGUCUGUGACGAAGUUUACGGAUCAGCUAUCCGCGCGACACGGCUCUCGAGAGCGUUCGUUUUCCUCGACCAAGCGAUAGCUUCUGACGAUGGAUCUCCAAGCUCCAGUUAAGGAGUUCAUUUCGUUGGUGGAAUCCAACCCCGAGCUUUUGCACUCGCCUCAGUAUGCGUUCUUCAAGCGUUACCUAGAGAAACUCAACGCGACCAUUCCCCCGCCACCCGCGGAACCCGAAGAGACGGAAGAGAAAGAACCUGAGCCAGAGGUUGCAUCUGAUCCGGAGAGUGAAGUUGAGCUCGACACAAGCGGGGUAAUCGACAAGGACGAUGAUCUCAAUCUCGGACAGGGGGAAACGUCCAAAGAACCCAGCGAUGACGACCUGGAAAAAGCUGGCGAGUUACGAUCUCAAGCUCAGCAGGCUCUCGGUGAAGGGAGGAUCGACGAGUCGCUGAAGCUAUGGACCGAAGCCAUUGAAGUCAAUCCCCAGUCAGCAGUAUUCUUCGCAAAACGAGCUCAGUGCCUACUGAAAAUGCAGAAACCAUUCAACGCGAUCAAGGAUUGCUCGAGAGCUCUCGAAUUGAACCCAGAUCAGGCGCUCGCUUAUAGACUCCGAGGCAGGGCACACGCACUCCUCGGCGAUUGGGAGCAGGCGGCUUCUGAUCUGAACAAUUCACUCAAGAUCGACUACAACGAGGAAGGUGACCAAUGGCUAAAGGAAGUCACCCCUAACGCGAAGAAACUUCACGAUCACAAGCGCAAAUACGAGCGCAAGAGGCAAGAGAAGGAAUUACGAGAGCGUGAAGAAAGGAUCCGACGCGCGCAGGAAGAACGUAAGAAGGCAGCUGAACAGGAAGCGGCUUCCGGACUCGGCGACUUCCCUGAUGGCAUGCCUGGUGGCUUCCCUGGUGGCAUGCCCGCUGGUUUCCCUGGUGGGAUGCCUGGUGGUAUGCCUGGAGGUAUGCCCGGCGGCGGAAUGCCUCCCAACAUGGGAAUGUUCGCCGAGUGGAUGAAAGAUCCCGAGAUCCAAGAGGCACUGAGAGAUCCGGAAAUCGCCGCGGCUCUCCAGGCGAUGUCGAAGGAUCCGAGCAGUUUGCUGAAGAAUCAGUCGAAUCCGAAGGUCAUGGCCUUCAUGGCGAAAAUGUCCUCCAAGAUGGGUUUCAAACCCAAGUAAGGCCGACUCCAUUGCCUUCGCUUGCCGUGUCUUAGCUUUCGGAGCUCUUUCAGUUCCGUGGAUCAUUAUCUGAUCUGGUGCACUGAGAAUCGAUCAAUAAACUUCC